CCAGCAGACAGCAGCUUCCACCUCCUCCUCCACUACAACCAGCACCUCCUCACUCACUCACUCACCAGCACAUCUCAUGUCCUCUGAGCUGGAAGCCUGAAGGAGGAGAGGAAGAAGAAGAAGAAGAUGCUGGAAAACGGCAGGAAGGUGUUCAAGGAGGGUCUGCUGGAGAAGAGGAGCGACGGGCUGCUGCAGCUCUGGAAGAAGAAGCACUGCGUCCUGACCGAGGACGGCGUGCUGCUGCUGCCGCCCAAACAGCACGACCAGCCGCAGCACCACCACCACCAGCAGCAGCACGGUGGAGGAGGAACCGGAGGAGAACCGGGCAAAGUCAAGGAGCUGCACUUCGCCAACAUGAAGACGGUGGACUGCGUGGAGAGGAAGGGCAAGUACGUGUACUUCACUGUGGUCAUGACUGAAGGAGGCAAGGAGAUCGACUUCAGGUGCCCGCAGGACGAGGGCUGGAACGCGGAGAUCACCUUGCAGAUGGUCCAGUACAAGAACCGGCAGGCGAUCCUGGCCGUCAAGUCCACCCGGCAGAAGCAGCAGCUGCUCGGACAGAAGACGCUCCGCAGCUCGCCGAACGUUGCGUGACCUGCGGUGCGUCCUGCAGAGACAUUGGUGCACCACUAGUGGUUAAUUGGACGCUCAGCUGGAGGGUGAAUAUCGACAAGGGGCUGCGUCUCCCCCCCGCCGCUUCACCACCACCACCACACACCUCCACUCUCCAGGAGAACCCCUCUUCCACGUCGUGGUGUCCACAGACCAGCGUCCCCCUUUUACAAUACAGAGACUUGUUUCACAAAAAGACUGAUGGACAAAAAGCAUGUGAGAAAACAACUGUACUCUACCGUUGCGAUGGGGUUAUCCCUUAUUUAUUAGAUGUAUAUAUAUUUUAUAUAAACAAAUGUUACGUUGUUGAUGAAUGUUCGGUGUGUUUGUUGAUAGAGUGGAACAAGAAAUACUCGUUCGGAGGUUCCCAGCCCACGUUACACAUAAACUCCAUUGGGAAUAAGCUGACAUAUAGUUAAUUUAGAAUGGUAGGUUAGUCAGAUCACUUCAUUACUGGUAAAAAUGUGCCACGUUUUCAUUUUUCAACUGAACCAAAGAAUCAUUUCAUUACAUUUUCUCUCUUGUGCAGCUCAGAAUAUGCUAUAGUAAAAUACUAUAUGAUGAGAUACCUGCACGACUAAUUUGUUUGAUUGCUUGAUUUAUUAAUAACCGCAGUACAUCUUUUCAUUGUGUACAUCAAUUCAUCAUUUUCCUGCAUUCAUAGAUUAACACUUGCUUUCUUGUGAGUCUUAAAUCUGUAGGAUACGAUACAGUUUAUUACCCCUUCGGUUUUGUUUCAGUGGCUACAGAGAAGAGCUUGGUUAUAUAGUGAGGAAGUAACAUGCACAGUUGAGUUUUUGUUAUAUCGACUUCUCUAAAGACUAUUUAAUUGGUUGCAUUGAAUCUCAGUUGGUGGGGAAACAUUAACUCUGUUUACUGGCUCCAAAACAAGACUUCUUGGUCAAAGCAGAAGUUAUUGUAGCUUGUUAGCUGCGUUGCUCCAUCUACUUAUAUUCAGCGCCGUAUCCUUAAUGGUGCGUGUCCACAGGGGCGUUUUUUAUCGCGAGGGGACGCGAUGCUUCCCAACAUUGGACGCUUGGUGUGCUGUCCCUAGAAACAAGGCACUCAGCUCCUGAUUGGACGAACGCUUUCCCG